UGAAAAAAAUAAAAAAUAAAAAAUGGUGUCAACAUAUGAGAAGAAGAAGAAAAGCCUUCACUCGCUGAUGGCUGCUAACCUGAGCAAGCUCACCAUACCCUCUUCAUCAUCCUCCAACGAAUCUCCAUCUCCAUCUGCAUCUGCAUCUACAUCUACAUCUACAUCUACAUCUACAUCCAUUGUGAGCCCACACGUGAUCCACAGUAGGUCCCACUCCUUUGUGGGUCCCUCUCCUCGCUUCCGUACUUCCUCCAAUUCCCUCUUCCUUCUCACCGAGGAAGAGGAUUCCGAAUCUGAUGAAAAGCCAGUGAUUGUUAGUAGUGUGAGUGAACCAACAGCAACAGCAACAGCAUCAGAGAAAGUGGUUCAUAAAAUUGGACCUGGGGAUUUUCAGAUUUUGAGAGUUGUUGGACAAGGUGCCUUUGGGAAAGUGUUUCUUGUGAGGAAAAAGGGAGAUUUUUUCGAUGGUGAUGGUGAUGGUGAUGGGGUCUUCGCAAUGAAGGUGAUGAGAAAAGAAACCAUCAUUAGAAAAAAUCAUGUCGAUUAUAUGAAAGCUGAGAGAGAUAUUCUCACUAAAGUGCUUCAUCCUUUUAUUGUUCAGCUACGCUACUCUUUCCAGACCAAAUCUAAGUUAUAUUUGAUAUUGGAUUUCAUCAAUGGAGGUCAUCUUUUCUUUCAUCUAUAUAGGCAGGGUAUAUUCAGAGAGGAUCAGGCAAGGAUUUACACUGCUGAGAUAGUAUCUGCUGUUUCACAUCUUCACAAGAAUGGCAUCGUGCAUCGGGAUCUUAAACCUGAAAACAUACUCAUGGAUGCUGAUGGGCAUGUGAUGCUAACUGAUUUUGGACUGUCAAAAGAAAUUGAUGAAUUCGGAAGAUCCAACUCUAUGUGUGGGACCACGGAAUAUAUGGCUCCGGAAAUCCUACUGGCUAAAGGCCAUAACAAGGAUGCAGAUUGGUGGAGUGUCGGUAUUCUGUUGUAUGAAAUGCUAACAGGGAAGGCACCCUUUACACACACUAACAGAAAGAAGCUUCAGGAGAAAAUUAUUAAAGAGAAAGUUAAACUUCCACCAUAUCUUACCAGUGAAGCUCACUCUUUGCUCAAAGGAUUUCUGCAAAAGGAUCCAUCAACAAGGCUAGGCAGCGGGCCAAAUGGAGAUGAGCAGAUCAAAAGUCAUAAAUGGUUUCGGUCAAUCAAUUGGAACAAAUUGGAGGCAAGAGAACUGCAACCAAAGUUCAAACCAGAUGUGUCUGGAAAAGACUGUACAGCUAAUUUUGACCAAUGCUGGACAGCAAUGCCUCUUGAUGACUCGCCAGCUCCCACCCCUACAGCAGGCGACCAUUUCCAGGGCUAUACUUACGUCGCACCAAACCCUUGGCUUUCAUCAGGAUAGACUGAUGGAAUUCAAAUCUGAGGAAAUGUGUAUGUGGAUUAAUCAAAAAGUGACAUGAAGCAGGCAAGCCUUACUGAUUGUAAGCUUGUUUCUUAGCAUGUAAGUAACCUAAAUCUUCUCUCAUAAAGGUGCCACCCCGUCUAUCUUUCAAAGUUAUUGUUAAAUGAACAUUGUAAUGGCUCAAUGCAGAUGGAUAUGUAGAUAAAUAGAGAAUGUUUAUUGGCUAUAUGGCUUUCAUAUUUGUGCAGCUUGGUCUAGUUCUUCUUUUAACUAACAUUGAGGUAAAAGAUUAUAAUUGCUUUGCCUUCCAUUCAUGUCAACAUUAGCACAUUUGACUAGCCAGUGCCCAAAAGAAGGGUGGGGGAUGUUAUUGUUCUUCAAAAGAGUUGUAUGUAUCAAAUUGUGGUAUGUGUCCUAUUUUUUAAUGUUGGCAACAGAAAGGUUGAUGCAUGUUGUUGUUGCUCCUUCUUAUGUAUAUGUAACUAUGAGUUAUUAAAGAUGUAGCUAUCAUAUGUACUGGUUAGAAAACAGAUAGUAGUUGGCACUGAUGUCUUCGGUUAUUUUUCUUUCUUUCAUCCAAUUGAAUUGAUCAUAUUCCGCAUAUUGCCAAGCUUUGAUUGGCAAGAUCUGUUCGCUUUUUGAGGUGGGAACAGACAAAAUAACAGUAACUAGAAAAAUAUUUGUCUACUCUGCUAAAGAGCAUAUAUUUUCAAAUAGAGUCAGAUACACAGGAAGAUAAAGUUAUGAUAAUCAUUAUAUAAAAAGUAAAGACAAGCAUUAAGAAACAACAGUGAGAGAAGCAUUCUGAAAAACACACAUAGGAGAUUAGCAGUAUCAAAGAAUCUUGUUCCUCCCGAACUUUAGACUAUACAUUACAUAACUGAUAAAAUAUCAAACCGUCGUUACACGUGGCUUAGGUGAUUGAUUUAAGCAUAGGGAAAAUUCUUUAUUACAUCUCCCCAAUCACUAGUCAUAUAUACGGGAGUCACUAAAAUCAACUUUUGCCUCGUUUAUAGUUUUAUAAAAGCCCACAAUCUCAAAGAUUUUACAUAUGGUGCAACCAGGGACCAAAGACACCAAACCAAUUGCUAAUGCCAUGUGUGCUUCCACAUGCUUUCACUCGUCACUGAUAAGUAACGCAAUAAGAUUCUGUCUAUUAUUCCGUAGGCUCUGCUUUUUGCAAAAGAACCUUCAUGAAAUAAUUUAACUGAAUGAGCAAGGGAUCCACCCACUAAAGGGACUGGAGUUAGUAUAUCUUUGGAUAAGAGUAUACUCGAAACAAGGAAGAACCUAAAAAUACCAAUUUACCCUUCCACAUCUUAUGCUUAUAAAUAGACCUUGCUUGUCUUUUAUGUUGCAACCAUCUCUUCAGACACUAGGGACGUGUAGAGGGAAUGGAGCCAAUAACCAUGAAUAGCAGAGUCAAGUCCAAGAGUGAGAAGUCUCUUUGUGAGAAAUCGAUGAAGGUUGUAGUAAAUAUUAUUAGGCUCUCUUCUUUUUCUAUUGCACAGAAGACUCUUGGAGCUACCACUGGAAAGGCUGGGAAGGACCUUUCAGGGUAUGAUUAUUCUGAUAAGGACCUUGAGAUGGAACCACUGGUUCCUGAUCAAUUCCCUGCAAGCAGAAGGUCACAACAGCCACAGAGCCAUGCAAACCCCACAUAUUUGAUCAAGUCAGAUGGGAGCACUGGAUCAACUGCGCAUGAAAUUCAUAAAGAGAGAGUCCAUGAGGUUAAGCCGAAGAAAGAAGAGUGUGUUGAUGGAUUGGCUUCUGACUAUAUCAGUAAGAUACGUAACAAGCUGGGGCGUGGUUUAUAAUAGACAUGGAAGCUUUCUUUUGUGUGUCACUGAGUAACUUAACUAUUGUCUUUCAUAGUUUAUGUGCUCUAUGCAUGAAAUACUACAUACAUAAGCAGCCGUUUUGGUUUUCAUAAACCAGCUGCAAUAAACAUAGUUGAUGGGGUCUCUUGUUUUGUUUUUUUAAGAAAAAAAAGAUGAUGUGGCUGUUU